CUCCUCUGGAUAUUUCAGUUAGGCUUGUUUAAUUCGCCUUUAAAAAACUUGGUGUUUGCCACUCUCUGGCCCCUGUGGAGUUUCAAUUACCUUACAAGGGGCCGGGGAAGGGGUAGGGAUAAUUAUUUCUGGAACUAGACAUUUUUGAACAAUUCUCUUAAAUUACAAUAUUUAGAGAGGAAGUCACAUCAGCCUUAGUUGGUUUUCAUGCUGCUCCUCUAACCUGGUCGAAUUGGCCUUAAUUUAGUGAGUGCUUAAUUUAGCAUUGCAGUGCUGAUAUUACUUAUUUUACUAUAUCAUUUGAAUUCCUGCUAAAAGUAGUAACCUUCAGCUAAAUACAUAAUUCAUAACUCAAUAUCAGUAUUCUUGAAUCAAUAUAAGUCCUUCUAUCAAUAUAACAUGCUUGAAUUAUAAUCCAAUGACUACAAAUUAUUAAACAAGGUUGCUCAGUUGCUCAGUUGCGUCGUUGCUCAGUUUUUUCGCUAAUCUUUAUUGUUAACUGUAAGAACAUUUGCAAAUCAAAACUAAGGACAAAAAAAUGCUGUUGAACUUGAAAUGACUGUUGUACCCUUGAAAACUGCGCCACAUCGCUAAAUAUAUUUGGUUGCAGAUAGCAUGAAAUGAGCUAUUAAAGCCAACAUCACGAAAUUACUACAUGUACACUCUCAAUGUUUUCCAGAAUGUGAAUAUCACGUAUUUCAUUCCUCAGAGAAAACAAAGGAGACCAGUUAGCAAAAUAAAUGCCUAGUUUAGACACCAGAGAUGAUCCUCAUCUGAUUGAUACCCCCCAAAUGUAUUAAGUUGAUCACUAGCCAGCUCCUUUACAAACACGCACACACUUAAUAUUUGUUGUCUUAGUUCGUUUCAGCACAAGUAUCAGUGAUAACACCUCUGAUAAACAAUCUCAAGAUCACUAGCUGAACAAAUUGAUUUCUGGUGAUAAGCUAACACAAAGCAUAUAUAAGGAAACUGGUACUCGUCAGUUCUCAGUGUAUCUCAACUACAUGUAUAUGGUAGACAGUGGAUCAAAAUGGCCUUGAAGAUUUCCUUGGUAUCUGUGCUGCUUUUGAUUGCUCUGGGGGCUAUUAGUCUUGGUUCUUCAGAAAAAGGUGUUAAGGAGCUCAACACAUGGCACGAAGGUUAUCUGAUGGAAGAUACAGAUGAAUAUCAUGAUAUGGCCGAUAAUGAAAUACAGGAUAUGGAUGACACAACUGAUGCAGAACAAGGAAUUUACAGGGCACAAGAAAGUGAAAAACGAGCGGUAAAGAGAUGUGGACCAGAUGUCACCUACUGGUUGUGGGGUCAAAUGAACCGGAACAGAAACCACAUUGAAAUCCAGCGUUGCCGUGGAUGGUACAAAUUAUUUGCCUGGCCCAGAUGUCUCCUCAAAUUUGCUGGCCUUGUUGGUAACUGCAAACCAUGGGAUUUUAAGUGUACCCAGAGCUUCCGUCAAGGACCAUGCCCAUCUCGAUCAUGCCCACGCACUGUGACCUUGUGCAACCGAUGUGUAAAUUAUGAUGUACCUGGAAACAUCCAUUAUGGUUGGGUUGGCCGUGCUGCGACCAUCCGCCGCUGGCUACUGUUGUACGGUGCCGACAGAGUUCAGAAGGGAGGGAUUGAUGAUCCGAGGGAUCAGAACGCAAUCAGAAUUGGAAUGGAUAUGUGGGACGACGGGAGAAAGAGGUCUCGAUCUCAGAUGUGCAAUGAAGUUGCUCGCAAGAUUAACUCGCUGAACCGACACGGCACUUCUGGUUGUAGCCGUUGUUCUACAAGAUACUAAGGCAUGUCUAACCUCAGUAUAUCUCAAGGGUUAUAUCGACAGAACAAAACAUGUCAGUUUUACUCUUUUUCAAUUAUUUUUCUGGUAUAACUUAAGGGUUCCCAGGAUAAAAUUAAUACAGCACAAGUAGUCUAGUUGUCACUUUAAGGCAGGAAAGAAUUACUUGCAAGUUGCCUUUGCAAAUUCUGCUACUCUAAAAGCAAUGGAAUAAUAUGUAAAGUUCAGCUAUUAUGUCUCAUUAAAAUAGAAACACAAUCCGAA